AUGGCUUCAGAUGAUUCUUUUUCUUCCUCUCCUCUUUCCAUUUCUCAUGUUGUGACUCUCAAACUCACUGAGUCCAACUAUCUCCAAUGGAAAAUUCAAUUCGAGUCCUUCCUCUCACCUCAAAUGCUUCUUGGAUACGUUAAUGGCUCGCUUCCUCGUCCAGCAUCCACUCGAUCUGUCACUGGUGCUGCAGGAGUUACUGAAGAGCCUAACCCGGAGUUCCAGAAGUGGAUUCGUAAUGACCAACUGUUCAUGGCCUGGAUCUUAGGAUCUCUCUCUGAAACCGCCAUCCGAGUCGUGUAUGGUCUGCAGUCUGCUCAGGAGGUAUGGUCUGCUCUCGCUAAAAGGUUUAAUAGAGUUUCUACCACUAGGAAGUUCGAACUACAGAAUAAGUUACAUGCUUGUCUUAAGUCUGGUAAAACCAUGGAAGAUUACCUUAGCGAACUCAAACAAAUCUUUGACCAGCUAGAUUCAAUCGGCUUUCCCAUGACCGACCUAGAGAAAAUACAUGGGUUGUUGUUUGGUCUAGGCAAGGAAUAUGAUACUGUUGCUACCGUGAUUGAGCAUUCUAUGGAUUCUCUUCCCACUCCUUGCUAUGAAGAUGUAGUCUUUAAGGUUAUUGCCUUUGAUGAUAAGCUGAAAACGUACUCUGUUGUUCCUGCUGUCACUCCGCAUCUUGCUUUUCAAACUGAGACAGCAUACUAUGAUCGAGGAGGUUCAAACAACAUAGGAGGUCGUUCUUGUGGAGGUUACAGAGGAAAAGGAAAUUACUCUACCAGAGGACGCGGCUUUCAGAACCACAGUAGUGGUCAGAACAGUCAAAACAGAGAAAAUGGUGGCACAAAACCAACCUGUCAUAUCUGUGGGAAGUAUGGUCAUAGUGCCUUUGACUGCUACAAUCGCUAUAAUGAGUCUCUCACCAAACCUGAUUUGCCAAAUGCUUUGGCUGCAAUGCGUGUCUCCCAUAGUGAAUAA